GGUAAAACAAUUUGUUGAAUGCAUCAGAGUUAACGUCAAUAUGAUGCGAAUUCCUAAUUUUUAUAACUAAUUAAUUUAGAAAAUGACGUCAAAUUGACGUAAGAGCGCAUUACCGAAACUAAACGAACGAAGCUUCGAGUUUAUGGUAGUCGGCCCUCUGGUGAUCAAAAUUAGUUUUUAAAUAAAAUCGAGCGAAUUCGAAAUUUUUAAAGGAAAAAGAAAAUGGAGGAUGAAACGGAAAAUGAAAAAUUUCAAGCAGAUUCGGAAAUGGAAGAUAUAGAAGGAAGUUUGGAGGAGUGUGAAUUGGAGGAAAGUUUUUUGGAAGAGGAGGAAGAAAUAUAUAAAAAAUUAACGAAAGACGAAGAAAUAAUUGCGAGACGAUAUGCCACAAAAUGGAUGAAGGCGAUAAAUGAUUCGAAAAGAAAGUUUUUUGAAAAUAUCGAUCCCGAAAUAGUACAGCAACUCAUAUUUCCAGAUUGUUUGGCAAUAUUCACAAAAGAAGAGUCGGUGGGCGAAUUCGUAAUCGUAAUGGGCAGAAUAAACAGAGAAAAUGAACGGUGCAUACUGAUUCACGUGAACAACUCUGCCGUGAUCGAUGACGUAAAAUACGCGACCGACAUAACAACGAUCUGCACCACGAAUCUGGAAACUCUGCAACAAGUUUACCGUAGAACGGAAGAAUCGGAAGAAAACAUUUUUGACCAAAGAAUUGUGUUAUUAAGGGACGAGAAGAAUUACACAGUUAAAAAAAUCAUUUUUAAUGGACAGAUACACGAAAAGAUUACUAGAAUAAUACCAAGAGAAGAAUUACCGGGAUUUAUAUCGGAAGGCGCGAGCUUCUUGCUUCAUCGAUAUAUUCUCAAGACUAAAAUGAAGGGUCCAUUCUGUUUAAACGGAAUAGACACAAAUUUAGGAAAGUGUACCGUGACCUUCGUUCCUUUAGAAGAAAUGGGGCAAACAAUCCAAAGGCAUCUGGUGUAUAUAGUUGGCGUAAAACAGAAGACUACAAAUUUUAAAAAGGAAGAAGAAACAUGGACGACUUAUUAUAAUCAUCUCGAUUUCCACAUGACACAAAGAAAACAAUCCGACUCUCCAGUCGAAAUGGUUCUAGUACGUCUGCCAAUCGGAUUGGGAAGAGCUCCUCCAAACUUUUUGGCUGAUUGGGAAUCGAAUCCUCAACUGUGGUCAUAUUUUAAUGAAAGAAAGGCAGCCAUCGUUGCGGAUUACAUGGAAUAUCUUCAUAGGAAUCCCGAAGUGAAGGCACUAUUAUCCGAUUUUCUUUUGUUUCUUCUUCACAAGAAACCUUCUGAUAUUUGUGAUGCUGCAGCGCACUUUUUUAAUGACUACUUGAAAGAUUAUUAAACUAUAAAAAUUUAAAUUUA